UAAGACUGAUCAUAGCCCCACUGCUAUAAGACAUCAAUUUUGUUACAUUUUCCGGAAAAAAUCCUUGGGAUCAAUGACUCUUCACAACAUCAACUACACAGGUGAUUGCCUGCAGUCCAUUAACUUAACCUGUUCAAAAUUAUACUCUUCUAUGGCAGCUUAUGUUUUGAUGUAUGUGUUUGCUGCAGCUGUGGUGAUAUGUACUGUGUGUGGGAACCUUCUGGUUAUAACUGCUGUUUUUCAUUUUAAACAACUCCAUACACCAACAAAUAUCCUUAUUGUCUCACUGGCCAUUUCUGACUGUUUUGUAGGUGUAUUUAUAAUGCCAGUGCAUUCAAUGAUUUUGAUUGAGUGCUGUUUACUGUUUGGGUCAACAUUUUGUGCCUUGUACAAUAUGAUUAAAUUCCAUUUAACAUUUGUUUCUGUAUACAAUAUUUCUUUCAUUGCUGUAGACCGUUACUUUGCCUUAAGCAAUCCUUUCCUCUAUUCCAAAAAGGUAACGCUGUCUGUAGCAUUCAUUAUAUCAUUUCACAUUUGGAUUGUGUCACUGUUUUACAACUGUGCACUUCUUUACUUUAAUGGAAACUUUAGAAACAAAUGUCCAGAUAAAUGCCUUACAUUUGUGGAUGAAGUGUGGUCUACUGUUGAUCUUGUUGUUGUUUUUAUUUUACCGUGUGCCACUAUCAUAACUCUGUACCUAAAAGUAUUUUUCAUUGCAAGAAGGCACGCAGUCUUAAUUAGAGCUGCACUCAAGGACCGAAAACAACUGGAUGUCCAGAACAAUGGCGACUCAAUGAGAUUGGAGAGGAAAGCCGCCAAAGUUCUUGGAAUCCUUGUAUCAGUGUUUUUAAUAUGUUUAAUACCCUCUUAUAUUUGUAUUUUACUAUUUGAUGUGUUAGCCCAAUCAUAUGACAGUGUGGUAAAUACCAUGUUAACACUAUUUUUCCUUAAUUCUACUAUCAACCCCAUCAUUUAUGCCUUGUUCUAUUCUUGGUUUCAAAAAAGUAUGAAAUUAAUUCUCACAUUUAGAAUAUGUAGGACUGACUCCUCACUGAUAAAUGUUCUCUCAAGUAACGGAGUCCCUUGA